AUGGGCAAAUUCAUGAAAUCUGGGAAAGUGGUGCUGGUCCUGGCUGAACACUACUCCAGACACAAAGCCUUCAUCGUGAAGAACAUUGAUGCUGGUACCUCAGACUGUCAUUACAGCCAUGCUCUGGUGGCUGGUAUCCCGAAAAGUGACAGCUGCCAAGAGCAAGAAGAAAAUCACCAAGCAAUCCAAAAUCAAAGUACUCUAUGGAUAUCUCUUGGACAAACUGUCAUCCACAAGGAUGUGUUCAGAGACCCAGCACUGAAACACAAGAUCAGGCAGGAGGCCAAGGUCAAGUUUGAGGAGCGAUAG